ACACAACGUCAUCGGCGGGACCAUCCCUCUCCAGCACUCCAACCCUCACAACAUCUCACCCAACUCCCAACCCUCGACGGCUUGCCAACAACCACCCAACCCACAGGGGCAUCCCCGACCAUGUCGGCCAUCCCGCGCAGCGCCACCGCGCGCCUGCGCAAGACCUUCCAGUACCCGACGGACGACUCGUCCUUUUCGGACACCCCCGAGAUCCUCGACGAAGACGAACAAGAAAGCCUGAUCCAGACGCUGGCGGAGCAGAACGAGGCGCGCAACCGCCAGUUCCGCCUCGUCAUGCUCGCCCUGCCCGCCCUGUCGGCGCUGCCCUGCCUGGUGCUGCUCCCAGCCGCCCCGCCGCUCCCGACCCUGCUGUCGCUCAGCUCGCUCGCCUCGACCGCCUGGCUGCUGUACCGCCAGGACCCGACCGAGACGGGCAUCCCGCGCCUCGACGCCUGGGCCGCCGCCCGCCACCACCAACACCACCCCGCUACCACCGACGACUACGACAACGACGACGACGACGACGACGACGGCCCAUCGACACCCCUGUCCCCCGCAGCCCGUCGCCGCCACCGCGAGCGCCGCAGCCGCCGCAACUCGUCCUUCUCGCUGCCGGCCGGCGCGCGCCUGCAGCAGCGGUCGCCGCUCGAGACGCACCUGCCGCUGCUCAACGCGGGCCUGUGCGUCGUGCUGCUUCUCACGGGCCUGGCUAUCGCGCGGGGCGGCGGCGGCGGCGGCGGCAGCGGUAGAGACGGCAACGGCAACGACGACGACGGCGCCGCCCGCCUCGGCCGCGCCGCGCUCGCCUGCCUCCCCGCCAUCGUCUACGCCGUCGUCGUCGCCGCCAAGCUCGUCAUGGCCAGCGUCGACCCCGAGGCCGAGUUGGGCGCGCUGAGGUACGAGGCCAAGGGCGCAUAGGAUGCCGAGGAAUUGGUGUAAAAAAAACAGUGCCAUGUCCGGUUCUUCGUUGUUUUAGUAUUGUGACUUUGCCAUGGGCUCUUUUUUUUUUAAUGUUUGCGAGCGUUGGAUUGGACAAAUGAAUUACGAAUCGUUGUUUCUCUUUCCAUUCAUACUAUAUCAUGCGCACGGAUUCUUCGCAAAGGAACAGCAAGAGAAAGCGCAUCAACGAAAAGGGGUUCGUUCCCUCAUGUAAUAACCCCCCCUUUAGAAUGCACAGGGCCAAAAACAUUUGGCACAAUUCCAGAGACGCCAUUUUGGAAGCCGAGACCCUUCUGCAACCCCCCCCCCCCGAACACAGCCGUCCUUUACUACGACAUCUACGCAUCUAUCGUCUCGUUGAACCGUAG